AUGCGUGAGAUCAUCCUAAUAAAAAACGAGGAGUUACUUUUCGCAAAAGAUGACUCUAUUUUUGACGAUGGACAAUUUAGAUGCUUAUCUAUUCAUAACAUAACUAAUAGUGUCAUGAAUAGCAUUACUAAGUCAAGAAUACAUUCCGUAAUUACUUUUGGAACAGAUGAAUUGCCAGAGUCUUUCAUAGGCACAUUAAUGACAAAUUUCAAGCUUUUGAAGGUAUUGGAUUUUCAAAAUGCUCCGGCAUUAAAUUCUCUGCCUGAAGAAGUGGGAAAUCUACUCCAUCUGAGGUAUCUAAGUUUGAGAAAAACAAAAGUGAAGGUUCUUCCGAAGUCCAUCGGUAGGCUACGCUACCUACUGACAUUAGAUCUGAAAGAAAGUCUUGUGGAUGAGCUACCUAUUGAGAUCAACAGGCUCCAUAAGUUGCGACAUCUUCUUGCGUCCAAUCGACCUUACAGCCAAGUGGUAAAGAUACAUGAAGGGUUUGGUUGUUUAAAGGAUUUGCAAAAGCUAAACUUAGUGGAGUUGGCAAAUGAUCAUGGAAAAAGCUUAGUCAAAGAGCUAAUAAUGCUAAGGCAGAUGAGGAAAUUGGGCAUCAUCAACUUGAAGAAAGAGGAAGGGAAGGAUAUGUGCAUUGCAGUUGAGAAUAUGAGCCACCUUCAAUCUUUGCAUGUAAUUGCAACUCAAAAUGGCAUUCUUGAUUUACAACAUAUUUUAUCUCCACCCAAUUCUUUGCAGCAUCUUGUCCUGACGGGGCAAUUGGAGAAGUUCCCUAAUUGGAUUUCCAAACUUCAAAAUCUGGUCACAAUAAGUUUGUGUGACUCAAGCCUGACAGAAGAUCCCCUAAAAUCCCUUCAAACUCUACCCAAUUUACUAGAGCUUGUGCUCAAUAAUGCAUACGAUGGCAAGGUCUUGCACUUUGAGGAAGGGGGAUUUCAGAAACUUGAACAAUUUCAACUCUAUGACAUGACUAAAUUAAUUUCGUUGAAAGUCGACACAGGAGCACUGCCUCUCUUGCAAGCUGCAAGAAUUUUCAAAUGCUGGAAUCUAGCAGAGGUUUCCGAGAACAUUGGUAAUAUUGUCAUCUUUUAG